AUGGAAGGACUUUCGGUAGCGUCUGCAGAGGAUGAUUCGGCCGCGGAUGGAAGUGGUGGCGGUGGUGGAAAAGCUGGCGGUGGAGGAGGAGGCGGAGAAAGAGCAGCAGCAGUGCCAUGUACCAGCAGAGGAGAAGAAACCCGUCGAUGCAAUGCGCCACGGGCAGCACGACCUGCAGCAUCUAUGUAUGAAGCGAGUGGUGGAGGAAGCAUCGGUGCAGGCGGUGGCGGAAGAGGCAGUGGUGGUGGUGGUGGCCAUAAUCGCAAAACGAAUCAGCAGCAGCAGCGACAUCAACUGCAACAACACGGAGGAGGUGGAAAGAAACAAAAGAAGGCACAAAAAUGGAAAGCAAACAAGUAUCGUGGUCGUGGCGGUGGUGGAAGGAAGGAAGGUGGCAAACCAGAAGAUACCAACGCAUCGAAUGGUGUGGCAGGGGAAGAUCAUAUGACAGCCGGAAUGGGUUCGGUUUCCGGUGAACCACAACAGCAACCCCAAUCGGAACCGGGAUGCUUCCAUCAGCUACAGCAGGGACCGUCCUCUUCCGGCAGCGCACAACAGCAAGCGUCCGGAUCGCAAACGUUAGCAACCGGACAUCAGCAGCAACAGCAGUCUGGUUCAGCUGGAGGUACAGCCAUAGCAUCAACAUCCUCCGCCUCCUCCUCCACCACCGCCGCCAUGCCAGCACAGAAAAACAAACACUCGAAGCAACAAAAUCUAACCCCAAUGGAGGUACGCAACAAGCGUCUGCAGUCGGUUUCGAAAUUCUUUCUCCCAGAAAAGCGACCGCGCAAGGAAUGUAUCGUCCCGCCGACCAAAUUCCUGCUCGGCGGCAACAUUUCCGAUCCGCUCAAUCUGAACAGCUUGCAGAACGAGUCGGAAAAUGCGGUCACACCGAAAUCGUCCCCAAUACCGACACCGCCACACUACAAGGCAAAGAUCGAGGUGAUCAUACCGCCAAAUAUUAACGAUCCGCUCCAUCUGCUCGAUCCGGUCGAUUCGGUCGAGUACGAGAUGCAGCUCUGUUCGCCGAUGAAGCGCAAGCAGCGUACGCGCAACAAGCGCAAACGCAAAUCACGCACCGCAACGGAACGCAAUCUGGUGGAGUCGGUCGAUCAACUGCUUCUGCCACCGCCACCCGGUGGGGACGAGCAUAAGGCUGGAGGCAGUGGUGUUGAAGGAGCAGGACCUUCCGGUGCUGGCAAGUUGGAAGAAGCAACAACCGCUGAGGAAGCUUCCUUCACCGGGAUUGGCCAGAAGCUGGCUGAUGCUGCAGCUGCUGCUGCUGCUCCUCCUCCGGAUAAUGGGGACUCAACCACACACUUUAACUUUGCGGGUCAAUCGUCGUCAUCCGGCGGAAGCACAUCAUCAGUUGCACAGAUUGGUAGCAUUAGUCAACCGGGAGCGGAACGGAACGCUUCUACCAACGUUACGAUAACGGAGCAAGAUCGUACCGAACGGGAGAAAGCAAUGCGCAACUUGAAGCUCGAUCUCGAAAGUGCCGGUGGCCGGAAGCGGCGUACGAGUGAAAGUACAAACAGCACCAAGAACAAACUGCGCCGGAUGGAUUCGAUGGAUAAGAUCGUGAGUCCGGUAAUUCCUCAGCCGGGUGGAUGGAAGCGUGCGCACUGGCCACCGAAUGCGGGCGGCGGUGGUGGUGGUGGGGCGGUUGGUGGAAUUGCGGGUAGGAAUCGAACACGAACGUAUUCCGCCGCGUCCAAUACGGAAGAGCUGCUGGUGCAUGGGGAGGAUGGAGGAACGGUGGUGAACUCUAGUGAGUCACGGGUUCAGGCACCACCACAAGAUAGUCAAGUACAAGAAAAUGCCAACCGUAAGCAGGAGACGUUGGAUGAUUUUGCCAUGCAAGCAGUAGAACCGGGUGCGAAUGUACCGAAGGAAGGUGACGUUGCUCUGGGCGAAUCGAUCCAAUACCGUCAGCAAAUGGCGGCGGAUGAUAGCGUUGAACUGGUGGAUCGUCCUUUGGCGCUAGCGCACGGUACACCGGAGGGAAUACAUCCACCGCCACAGACAGCGCACGAUGCGUCCGGGCAGUUGCACUUUGGGAAUUACGAUCGAUACUACGGCUAUCAUAGCCUGAACGAGUACAUCGACGUACGGCUAAAGGUGUUUCUGCGCAAUGCGUACCUGUUUCGGGAUAAGGACGUGCUGGACAUUGGCUGUAACGUGGGGCUGAUGACGAUAGCCAUUGCGAAGAUGUUGCACCCGAAAUCAGCCACCGGGAUCGAUGUGGACGGGAAGUUAGUGGCGAAGGCGCGCAAAAAUCUUUCCAAAUAUGUUCGCGUACCGCGUACGGUUGGAAGGAGAGCGUAUCGGGAAUCCGUACGCAACCUCGUGACUACCGCAACCUCGAUGGAAGUGAACGAGGAGGAGAAGAACGCAAAUCGGAAUAGCAGCAGCAGCAGUACAAUUCCAUUAGAAUGUGAUCCGCUGCAGCUUUCUGUAGGUGAAACAACACCACAAUCGCCAAGAACUACGACUAGUCAAACAGGUUGCGAAGAGGAAGAAUCUGUAGCUGCAUCCGUCGUCGUCGCUGGUGCCACAGCAUCGAGCGUUGCUGUGACAAUUCCCGAUGCCGAAGUGUCAACAGCAGACGAUGAACUACCGGGUGAGCCCAUCCUACAAUCCUCGGAUGUGCUGACAGAAGAGGAAAAACAAUCACCAAAGCCACCGGAAAUAAUGGAAGAUCAACCGGCGGAUGGUGGAGAUGGCAUAGUACCCACGGAAGCCGAAAAUAAUGGUGAUAAAUCCCUGCUACUGCAACAGCGACAAAUUCGUCGCCGUAAGCAACGAAGGAAGGCUUGGAAGCGACGUCAGUAUCAACACCAUCAUCACCACCACCACCAUCAUCACCAGCAGCAUCAGCUGCGGCGGCAAAGGGCGGAACAGUCACAGUACUUCCCGAUCUCGUUUCCACUCACCAUGGGCAAUCUCAGCGGGAGGGAGUGUCAGAUGGAUAUAGGCCGGAUGGAUCACAAAUUUCCGCACAACGUUCGAUUUAAAACGAUGAACUAUGUCCUGAAGGACGAAUCGUUGAUCAACUACGACACGCAACAGUACGAUCUGAUCCUGUGCCUUUCGGUAACGAAGUGGAUACAUCUGAACUACGGUGAUCUAGGGAUAAAGAUUGCGUUCAAGCGCAUGUUUAAUCAUCUACGGCCGGGUGGUAAACUUAUACUCGAAGCACAAAACUGGCCCAGUUACAAGAAGAAAAAGAAGCUUACGGCUACAAUAUUCGAAAAGUAUAGCGGUAUACAGAUGUUGCCGGCACGGUUCCACGACUAUCUGCUCAGCCCGGAGGUCGGUUUCAGUCACAGUUUCCCGCUAGGGAUACCGCGCCAUCUGAGUAAGGGUUUCCGGCGACCGAUUCAGCUUUACAUCAAGGGUGAUUUUACACCAUCGCAGGCAAAGUGGAGUGACACGUAUCACCCCGGCACACCGUACGAGAACCAUCGCGGUAUCUACACGGACAUUGUCACCGCAUCACAGACCCAGGCCGGCUGUAUGUGGGGUGCGACGACACCGUACGCACCGAGCUACAGCUACCGGCAACCACCAACGCCAUCACACGGAGGAGGUAGCGGCAGUGGCAGUGGUUUUGCCUCCACCUCGCCCUACUACAAUCCCCGCCAAACGGACAGCUAUCUGCCGAGUUAUGACAACAUCGGUAAUGGGCAUCGGCCCGGCAGCUACUGUUUCGCAUCGCCUCUUUAUUCGACUACCUGGUCACCACCGUCGGAUAUGCUGGCGACGAGCGGUGGUGGUGGUGGAUCAUACCGACGUUCCGCAUCCAACACACCGAACUCGGCCAGUAUUCGCAGCGCAGACAAUGACGAGCAUUACUAUCCUGGUGCGGUCGGUGGUGGUAGCCAGCGGCGCCAUCAUGUGUACCCACCGAUCGAUGUACUGCCACCGUUGCUCGGUUACGACGGGAUGCGUCCCGGCAGCUAUCGGGGUGGUGGUGGUGGUGGUGGUGGCGGUGCGAUGACAGAUUCGGAUUCGGAACCGUCGUCGAAUUCAGCAUCGCAGACACCGACCCGUCAGCAGCAACUGGCGGGAAGCUUCCUGACGGACGAUCAAUCAAAUUCUCCCAGCGGUCACUCGCAGCCAGAUAAAUAA